CAACAUAACAAAAAAAUAUUAAAAAAUUGCCCGCUACAACGUAAAAUCAAAAUUAUUGUUAAAAUUUAUUUACAUUUCCUGAUUAAUUUAUUACUGUAACGAUGGCUGAUGUGUGUUAUAAAAGAUAUGAAAAAUCUCUGGGUUUGCUCACUACUCGAUUUGUGUCGCUGGUGAAAAAAGCUAAGGAUGGAGUUCUCGACUUGAAAGUUGCCACUAACAUGCUGGCUGUUCGCCAGAAGCGAAGAAUAUACGACAUUACUAAUGUAUUGGAGGGAAUUGGUUUGAUAGAGAAAAGAAGUAAGAACAGCAUACAGUGGAAGGGUGCAGGGCCAGAUAUAACUUCUUCUGAGGUGGGCAAGAAAGUAACUUUAUUGAGAAAACAAAUUGCAAUAUUAGAUGAACGUGAAGAACUGUUGGAUAAUCAAAGGCAUUGGAUCGAGCAAAGUAUAAAAAAUGUGUUGGAUGAAUCAGAAAAUGAGGCUCGGACGUAUGUGAAUGAGAGUGACAUACGGAACUGCUUCACCAACAACCAAGUAUUAGUGCUGGAGGCACCGUUAGGGUCCACUUUAUCAGUGGGCUCAGUAUUCAGUAAGGAAAAACGAGAAGAGCAGUUUAUUUUACAUGUGGAGUCUGCAAAUUCAGUUGGAGUUAUCUUGUUGUGUGAUAGAGAAAAAGAAAAGCAGGCGCGAGAUGAGGCUAUGGAUGACGAGGAAGUUGAGAGUAUAAUGGAUGACUGUGAAGAAAUCAAAUGCCCAGAUUACCUGCUUCGCCUAAGUCCUCCAAUCACAAAAAAUGAUUUUUCAUUUUCAUUAUGUGGGAAUGAAGGUUUGUGUGAUCUCUUUGAUAUUCCAUACUAGAAUUAUCUACUAUAUUAUUGUAAAAAAUCAUUGUUUAGAUUAUCUACACUCUUCGUAAUUUUAAGGAUUUUGUAUGUUGUGACGUGAUGAAGUUGUAUUUUAUUGAGAAAUUUAAGAUAAGGAAAAUCGUGGAAGGAAAUAAAAUAAGAUUUACAAGUAA